ACGCAAAUAGUACCAGCAUCAUAGCAUACUGAAAACAAAGCUGGAAUUGGAUUCAAGAAACCUGAGUCCUAACCCAGACACUUAACUAGUAGUGGCACCUGUGCUAAGAUAAUUCCCUUCUUUGAACCUCAAUACUUUCACCUCCUAUUGUUGGGGAAAUUGUUCCCAUGAGGGCUACAGAAAUGCUUCUUAUGAAGGAGUCUUAGAACAGGGGAAAACAGACACAGAAAUGGGAGGUGGGGUGGGGGAAGGCAAAGUGCCAACAUUCACUUGAGCAUUGCGUAGGGUUGGGCUUGUGACCACUGGUCUUAAGUAACUCAGACUCUUCCUUGGCACCCUCUUCUUCGCCCAGCCCCCGGGGAAUUUGUGACGCAAUGUCCACCAACACCUCAGGGGUCGUAACAGAUUUCAUCCUCCUGGGCUUCUCUCACCUCAUGGGUUUCCAGGGUCUCCUCUUCACCCUCUUCCUCACCAUCUACCUGCUCACCGUGGUUGGCAACCUCCUCAUCGUGGCCCUCGUCUCGGUGGACGCCAAGCUUCAUUCGCCCAUGUACUUCUUCCUCCGCAUCCUCUCUGCUCUGGAGAUCUGCUACACCUCGGUCACCGUCCCGCUCGUGCUCCAUCACCUCCGGACUGGGCGGCGCCGGAUCCCAAGAGUUGGCUGCGCCCUCCAGAUGUUCUUCUUCCUCUUCUUUGGGGCUACCGAGUGCUGUCUCCUAGCCGCCAUGGCUUACGACCGUUACGCAGCCAUCUGCACCCCACUCCGCUACCCGCUCCUGCUGAACCGCCGAGUGUGCCUGCAACUGGCUGCUGGAGCCUGGACCUGCGGGGCGUUGGUAGGGCUUGGCCACACCUCUUUCAUCUUCUCUCUGACCUUCUGUGGGCCCAAUACAAUCCCUCACUUCUUCUGCGAGAUUCAGCCAGUGCUACAGCUAGUCUGUGGAGACACGUCCCUGAACGAGCUGCAGAUCAUUUUGGCCGCCGCCCUCAUCAUCCUCUGCCCCUUUGGACUGAUCCUGUUCUCAUACGGUAAGAUCCUAGCCACGAUUCUACGGAUUCCAUCUGCUGCAGGCCGCCGCAAAGCCUUCUCCACCUGCUCCUCACAUCUGCUCGUGGUUUCCCUGUUCUACGGCACAGCCAUUUUCAUCUACAUUCGCCCUAAGGCCAGUUAUGACCCGACCACUGAUCCACUGUUGUCUCUCUUCUAUGCGGUGAUUACUCCUAUCCUCAAUCCUGUCAUCUACAGCCUUCGGAAUGCUGACGUCAAGGCAGCCCUCAAGAGGAUGCUCAAGAAGAUAGGUUCCAAAGAGAUCUAGGGCAG